AUGUCUGCAGGGAACGCUCACAUCGGGAAGCCGGCCCCAGAUUUCGAGGCUACAGCGGUAGUGAAAGGAGAAUUUAAACAAGUCAAACUAUCAGACUACAGAGGCAAAUAUGUUGUGCUAUUCUUCUACCCCCUGGACUUCACCUUCGUCUGUCCCACGGAGAUCAUCGCCUUCAGCGAACACGCCGAGGACUUCCGCAAGAUUGGCUGUGAGGUCAUCGGGGCUUCUGUAGACUCCCACUUCUGCCACCUUGCAUGGACCAACGUCCCUCGCAAGGAAGGUGGUCUGGGACCCAUGAACAUUCCUCUUUUGUCUGACCUAAAACACUCAAUUGCCCGGGACUACGGUGUUCUGAAGGAGGAAGAUGGUGUGGCCUACAGGGGGUUGUUCAUCAUCGACAGCAAAGGAAUCCUCCGCCAAAUCACUAUAAAUGAUUUGCCCGUGGGCCGAUCUGUAGAUGAGAUCCUCCGUCUGGUUCAGGCCUUCCAAUUCACCGACAAGCAUGGAGAGGUUUGCCCUGCAGGAUGGAAGCCUGGAAGCAGCACCAUCAAGCCCAACGUGAAGGACAGUAAAGAGUACUUCUCUGCAAACAACUGA